GUGGGUAGACAUGGAGGUGGAGACAGAGAGGUGGAGCCCCCUGGUGGGGGAGACAUGGAGGUGGAGACAUGGAGGUGGAGCCCCCUGGUGGUGGAGACAGAGAGGUGGAGUCCCCUGGUGGGGGUGACAUGGAGGUGGAGACAUGGAGGUGGAGCCCCCUGGUGGGGGUGACAUGGAGGUGGAGACAUGGAGGUGGAGCCCCCUGGUGGUGGAGACAGAGAGGUGGAGUCCCCUGGUGGUGGAGACAUGGAGGUGGAGACAGAGAGGUGGAGCCCCCUGGUGGGGUAGACAUGGAGGUGGAGCCCCCGGUGGUGGAGACAGAGAGGUGGAGUCCCCUGGUGGUGGAGACAUGGAGGUGGAGACGGAGAGGUGGAGCCCCCUGGUGGGGGAAACAUGGAGGUGGAGACAGAGAGGUGGAGCCCCCUGGUGGGGGAGACAUGGAGGUGGAGUCCCCUGGUGGUGGAUACAUGGAGGUGGAGCCCCCUGGUGGGGGAGAUAUGGAAGUGGAGACAGAGAGGUGGAGCCCCCUGGUGGUGGAGACAUGGAAGUGGAGACAGAGAGGUAGUGGUGGAGACAGAGAGGUGGAGGUGGAGACAGAGAGGUGGAGCCCCCUGGUGGUGGAGACAGAGAGGUGGAGGUGGAGACAGAGAGGUGGAGCCCCCUGGUGGUGGAGACAUGGAGGUGGAGCCCCCUGGUGGUGGAGACUUGCUUGUCUCCGUGACUGAAGAUGAAUCUAGACCAGGACUCCCCGGAAGAAAAGAUAUUGUAUCUCAAAGGGAAAAUUUAAAGAAUGAAAGUAAUAUAUAUAGAGAGCUGGUUGCAGCUCUACUAGAUAUUAUGAGAUAUUAUUGUGAUUUGCUCCGAACCGACAGACGCUUCAGGUGUCUGGAGAUUCAUCUUGAGUCCGUAGAUAAACGGAUUGAGCAGCGGAUGAAACACGAUCGUCUGUAACGUCAGGAUGAAACGGACACGUUUCGUAAACCUGCCCCCAGUCGGAGGGCGAUGACGUCGUAGGAGAUGAAGCAGGACAAGAAGAUCAGAACCAGCAGGUGAGGUAAACACGUGUGAGCCGCCUUCGCCCGGACUCUCUUACAGCUGCUGGAGGAGAUUCUCAGAAUCCGCGUGUGCGUGAAGAGGAUGAAGAUCAUCGGGAGAAGAACGAUGUUCAGCAACAGGAAUAUGGAAAGAGCCACGGAGCGCUCGCGCUGCAGCGUGCAGACGGUCGUGUCACAGAAGAGUCCGUUCAGAGCCAAGUGACACUCUGAUAUUCAGAAACCAGACAUCCAGCAGCGUCAGCUCACACACGGGAACCAGCCAGGCCGACGCCAGAACCCCUUCACGGUUCUCCUCCUCACGAGAGUUGGACACUGCAGAGGUCCACACACGGACACGCAUCUGUCGUAGGCCGACAGCAGCAAGAACUCUGCGGUGGCCAGGGUGUAAAACACAGACGCCGGAAGAGACGCGGCGCAAACGUGGUGACCUGGGUCUCAGACAGAAGGUCGACCAGGAGCUGGGGGAGAUGGUGACGCUGUACAGAACAGAGUUCAACAAAGCUGCGAUGAAGAUGUAUUUCUGCAAUUCCACAUAUCCAUCGAAAGUUAUCUAUGUUACAUUCAGUCCAUCAGGAUAUUCUGACAGAAACCCACAUAAUGAUGGAAAUAUAAUAAUGUAUAUACAUUAAUACAAAUGAUCAGACAGAACCGACCAUCAGGCCUCAUGAGAACCAGCAGUUGAGCGUCAUGUACACUUCAUACAGUUUAAAUACUAUUAUUGGGUAUUAAAAAGGCAGAAUACCCUCAGCUCCUGAAGUGAGCAGCAGCAGAAUGGAUCAGUUUAAAUAAUCAAAUUGUUUAUUAUCAGCACAUCUGAAUCGAAUCUGAUCUAUUAACUGACUAGAACUAUACAUCUAUUGACUAACUACAUAGAAGUAAUGGAUUCACAUUGCGCGCCAAGAAGUCUACGUGAGUCACAUGACGCGCUGGGCGAGCCACACCCCCUCAUGACGCAGACCCUCCUGGCCUGAUGAUUGGCUGAUUCAAAAAACAAAGAUGGCGCGUACUCACAGAGACACACGCUCCGAGGAAGAGGUCGGACCCGCCCGUGUUCACCCCCGUUCAUCAGGAUCCAGAGGCGCUGUCGAGCUGCUGUUCUGCCCCACGGCAUUCUGGGAGUCUGGGGUUGUGUCGCUCUGGACGACCACAGACAUUCGCUCCUCAGCAUGAAUGAAACGCCGACACACUGGAUCCUCUGCUCGAUGUUUAAUGAUGAGACUGUUGC